CAGCAACCAAAACAACAGCAGACACACAAUGAUGCGUUUUGGUUCGAGCUGCCACGACUGGGCGCAGGUCUUGAAGCAAGCGCGAGCGCCCCUCCUGCGCCUGCAAACCAGCUCCCCUUGCCGACACGAUGGGCUGCUGCAUGGCCUCCCGCGGGGCCCUCGCGCCCGAGGACAGGCAAGCUGGGGAGGCGCUCGUGGAUCAGCAGCAGCAGCAGCAGGAGGAGCUCCCCAAGAAGGAGGAGCAGGAGCCGUUCGACCUGACGCGGUACACGGACGCCGCGAGCCUCUUCGACGCGUUCGCAUUCACCACCAUGGAGGGCCUCCACCCCGUGCGCCUGGUCCGCAUGUCGUGGCUGCUGCAGCAGCGCGAUACGGUCCUGAAGAGGCGCCAGGAGCUGCCGGAGGAGGCCUUCGUGUCCGCGGACGAGCUCCGGGCCGUCUGGGAGGCCAGCGGGCAAGGAGGAAAAGACCAUGUGGCGCCGAUCAUCACCAUCUCGUUUUGCUGGGACUCACGCGAGCAUCCUGACCCCAAGGGGUUGCAGCUGAAGUUGGUGCUUGACACCCUAGAACAGGAGCGCCACAAGUACUCCAAAGCCAUAGGUUCCUUCAAGGGGUUUAGCGAGAUGGGAGUCUUCUGGGACUGGCCCUCGCUGCUGCAGGGCGACCCGAUCAAGGCCGAGGAGGCGAAGUGCGCCGCCCUGCGGCAGGGCAAGAGCGAGAAGGACGCGCAGGAGGCCGCGGACAAGGCCAAGCGGACCCCCGCCGAGAAAGCCGCCUUCAAGCACGGGCUGGAGAAGACGAUGGACCUGUGGUACGCCCACCAGGCCACCACCGUCCUCCUGCUCACCCAGCACCCCCGCGAGCGGGGCAGCGCGCGCGAGUGCGGCUACGACCAGUCCGGCUGGACGACGUACGAGCGCUGCUCCGCGGAGCAGAUCAAGCAGGUCUUCCGCUCGGAGGCGCGGUGGCACGCCGUGGCCGAUCUGGGGCACGGGGCGGGGGCGGCGCAGGCGGGGAGGCGGUGGCCGGUGGGCCCGGACGACUUCGACCGGCUCAUCGAGGACAGGUCCUUCACCAAUGGCGCGGACCGGGAUGCGGUGAAGGCGCUCUUCCGCCAGAUGAGCCGCGCGCAGCUGGGCGGCGUGACGAAGCUGGAUUUCGACGGAGAUCAUUUCGACAAAAUGCCGCCUCCGAACCCCGAGCAGGCCGCGGCGCUCGCCAGCUGCCUGCGACUGUGCGCUCGCCUGGAGACGCUGGACCUGAGGAGCUGCAAGAUCUGUCCCGUGGGGUCGAAGGCCCUGGCGGAGGCGUUGCCCUCCAUGCCCAGCCUGAAGGAGCUGCUCAUGAUGUUCAGCAGCAUCGGCGACGAGGGCGCGCAGGCCCUGGCGGGGGCGCUGCACUCUAUGCCCUGCCUGAAGACGCUGCUCCUGCAGCACAACCGCAUCGGCGGCGACGGCGCGCAGGCCCUGGCCGGGGGCGCGGCCCAAGCCCGGCGUGGAGUUGCUGAGCCUGCGCGGCAACGGCAUCGACGACGAGGGCGCGCAGGCCCUGCGGGCCGCCUGGGGCGACCAGCGCGGCAAGUUACAGGUGGCCGGCGUCUGAACCGGGGCGCCCCCACAGGGGUGCCAGGGAGAAGCGGGAGGGCGCGCGGCAGGGAGGGCACCGUUAAUUUUACAGCGGGGUCAACAUUUAAGAGUCGCUUUGGGUUGCCGUGGCGAGACUCACACGCAUACGAAAUUGCGGUUUUUCACCACGCGUGUUCAGGGCGUCCGCAAGAGAUUGCAGAGAUGGCAGCCCCCCAGCAGCAGCGGCCCAC